GGCAGCACCCGGGCGGAGCGGGUGCCUCAGUGUUGGGUGCCAAUGCGGGGAGGGCGUUGCAAACACGGGGCUCCUCCGCCGCCUAGGUGGAAAGUUCGCCGCUGCAUCGGACCCACGGAGCCUUGACUAAGAGAGCAGCCGGUCUUUCUGCGGAGGGGGACGCGGAGUCUCGCGAAGGCGCUUUGCUCUUUCCAGGCACCACGCAAACUUUGCAUUUCCUCGCACGCUUCCAAUUUUUUUUUUUUAACCCUCUAGGAAAAAGGCAGCUUUGCUUUUCUGGUUUGCAAGGAAAACCUCGCAGGCUAUAAAGUAGCACUUGUGUCGUGAGCAGACCCUGAGCUGGGGUAGUCCAGAAGAUGACAGAGUAUAAACUGGUGGUGGUUGGAGCAGGAGGCGUUGGGAAAAGUGCAUUGACUAUUCAGCUGAUUCAGAAUCAUUUUGUUGAUGAAUAUGAUCCUACCAUAGAGGAUUCGUACAGAAAGCAAGUAGUCAUCGAUGGGGAGACCUGCUUACUGGACAUCUUGGACACUGCUGGCCAAGAGGAAUACAGUGCCAUGCGAGACCAAUACAUGAGGACAGGAGAAGGCUUCCUCUGUGUCUUCGCUAUUAACAACACCAAGUCCUUUGAAGAUAUUCAUCAAUAUAGAGAGCAGAUCAAGAGAGUGAAGGACUCCGAUGAUGUGCCCAUGGUGUUGGUGGGGAAUAAAUGUGACCUUCCUGCCCGGACUGUGGAAACACGGCAAGCCCAGGAGCUGGCUCGGAGCUAUGGGAUUCCAUACAUAGAGACGUCAGCCAAAACUAGACAGGGAGUCGAAGAUGCCUUCUAUACUUUAGUGCGAGAGAUCCGGCAGCACAAAUUACGUAAAUUGAAUCCCCCAGAUGAAAGUGGUCCAGGCUGCAUGAACUGCAAGUGUGUAAUAUCAUGACCAAGUGGACCAGACUGUGAUUUGGAAGGCUUUCUACUAUGUGUAGCACGGAGAUGGAGGCGAUGUGAAAAUAGAAUCAAAUGGAUUCGGGGAAAGGAGAGAUGGGGUGGUGUCUGCAGCCCCCCCCCCCAAGUGCUCCACAUGGACAAUUUUAAAAAUUCACCAAGGCCUGCAAGGAACUUUUUUAUUGUUUAAACCCCCCUUUUUUUUGCCUCCCCCCCUCUUCCUGGCAGUGUGUACAAAGCCACAUAAGGAAUUGCAGUAAGUUAUUAUUUGGUGGUCUUGACACUGGUUUUGCCAUCUCUGUCAUUGUUCCAAGGGAUUGAUUGACAGUGUCUGAAAGGAAGCUCAUGCAGGGAAAGACCCAUCUUGUUUCUUCAAUCAGCUUGAGCUCAGCUCACCAAGGCCAAAGCCUGGAUGCAUCUGCAGGUGGACUGGUUUCCCACUUUGGUGCUGCAAGGCAUGUAAGGCAGGGAGCAAACUCUAAUUCACAGCUUGGAGGGCUCCAUCUGAAAGGCAGCUAGCUGUUGUCAGCAGAAGAUCAAGGCUCUUUGGAAGGUACUGCCAAGAAGAUUCACGUGCCUGUCAUUCCACUUGAGGGGGGGGAGUGUAGUGGGAAAAUAUGCUCUUGUUUUCAAGAAGUGGGUAGGAAAGGCAUAAAAAUAAUUAUAUCUAUAACUAGUUCCACAUGUCUCCGCCCAUUGAUUUAUCUCUGUGUAAACAGGGAAGGUAAUAAUGCCUCUCUUAUUUUGGGCUAAUAUUGUCUCCCCUGUGCUAGAACAACCAAGUCGUUCUUGCAGAGAGUAGAAGGUCAGUCUGGUGGACAUUCUCUUCAGGCCUGGACAGUAUCCUCAAGAGUAUUUGAGAAGGGGUGGAGGGAAAGAAGGGUGCCAGUUUUUAGAUGUAUACCUUUUUUCUUCUUCCUUUUUAUGGUGUUGGGAGAACCUGUAAAUGUAUAGAUUGACUCUACCUGAACCUGCUGAUGGAGAUUGGAGGAUCUUGGAUUUUCCAACUCUGAAUUCAGUGAGCCCAACCUUUGCUCAUUCCCUGCUGCAUCAAAAGGAAACAGUCCCUCCGUAUAUGUUUAGGAGACACGGGAAACUUUUUGUAUUUUAUUUUCCACAACCUUUGUGUCUUACAGGCUGAUUGGGAAGAAUUAUCCAGUGGGCAAGAAAGGUUGACUUGUAUGUAGGCUUUCCUGUUUGUUGUUGGCAUGGUCUCUCUCUCCCCACCCCACCUCACCAGCCUCCCCAAGAUUUUUAUGCUUGUUGCCUGUGUCAAGGCUGUCUUCCCUGGUGUGCUUAUUGCAAAAUUUGUGUACUACUUGGAGGUGGAGCUGGUCUUUGGAGACAUGGGAGCCUGUUUCCGUGUUCCUGCUCCAUUCUCCACUCUCCCUUGUAGCUGCUGUGCCUACGUAAUUGCAUGCACAGCUCCGAAUCCUGCUGUCAGGGAGCAGUUCCUCUGUAUGUCUGUGACUGUACUUGCUGUAAUUCAAAGCUCUUCUGGUAAGAUAUCACAACCAGAUCCCUCAUCACUGGCUGAAUUAAAGAAAACCAGCCUAAUAAUUAGAUAACAAGCAUGAUUUUUUAAAACUGUUGGGAGUAUUAAAGAGAACCCAAACCUAGCCUUAAAUGUCAUUAAAAGCGAUUUUGUUCUCAAAA